AUGAAGGUUCGAGUCCUUCUAUAUCUUAUGGUACUAAUAAUUCUUAUUAUACUAUUAUUAUAUAUCACUUCUUCUUCUAGUUCUAUUUAUUCUCUUAAUAGACUAGCUACUCUAGGUCUACUAUAUGUCCUUUAUCUAGUGUUUGAUUCAUUAGAUCCAAGAUAUAGUAAUUUCACUGUUUAUAAUGACUGAUUUAAAUUAUCUGAUACUAAUUUACCAAUAAUUUAUAUUCAAUUAUUAUUAGUUAUUAUUUUAUUAAUAUAUACUACUGUUAAUCAAAGAUAUUUUUUACAAUCUACUUGAGUUUAUCCUAUUAUAUUAUUUAAUUUAUUAGGUUUACUAUUAUUCCCUAUAGUUAAUGAUAUGCUAUUAUUAUAUAUAAUUAUUGAAUUACAAAGUUAUUCAUUAUAUAUUUUAACUGGUAUACAUCAUAAAUCUUAUAAUAGUACUAGAGGUAGUAUGUUAUACUUUGUAACUGGUGGUAUAGCUAGUAUAGGUAUAUUAGUAGCUAUAUAUAUGGUAUAUAAUUUAAUCGGUACAUGUAAUAUUACUGAAAUAUCUAAUUAUUAUACUAUACAUAAUAUUAAUAAUAUAUUUGAUCCUAUUGAUAUAUUAAUUAUAUCAUUAAUAUUUAAAAUGGGAUUAGCACCUUUACAUUCUUGAAGUAUUGCAGUAUAUAAUUAUGCCCCUACAUAUAUUACAGCUUAUAUUAGUAUUGUAGCUAAAAUAUCAAUAUUAAGUUGAAUAUAUAUAAAUGCUAAUUUAGUACAUUUAGAUAUUAUAAUUCUUAUAUUUAUAAUAUCUAUAGCUAUAGCCGGUUAUAAACCAUUAUUCCAAGUAAAUAUAAAAACUAUAUUAGCAUAUAGUGGUAUAUUAAAUUUUGGAUAUUUAUUAAUACCGGUUGUAUUACAAGAUCCAGCUUACUAUAUAUAUUUAAUACAAUAUAUUAUAACUCAUAUGUUAAUAUUCUUAUGUUUAUUAGCAUCUAAUAAAUUUAUAAUAAAUCCUAAUAGUGAUUGAUCACCAAUAGUUAAUGUUAAUCAAUUAAUUAUACCUAAUCGUAUGUUAAUAUUUAUAUUAAUAAUAUGUUUUUUAUCAUUAAUAGGGAUACCUCCGUUACCAGGAUUUUAUGGUAAAUAUUAUAUAUUAGUAUCAUUAUUACAUAAUAAUUAUACAUUAGAAUCAUUAUCAAUUAUAAUAUUUAGUGUUAUAGCUACAUAUUAUUAUGCAUAUAUAAUUAAACAAUUAGCAAGUAAUUAUACACGUAAUAUGAUAAAUGAACCAAUAAAUAAUACAUUAUCAAUAAUAAUAAGUAUAUUAUUUGUAAUAUUUUUAGGAUAUUAUAUAUAUAUAUUUGAUAUGUUAAAUGUGAUAAAUAUAAUAUUAAGUUAA